AUGCGCCAGCGAGCACAGCAGCAGCUGACAGCUAUCGUCUAGUCAACCUCUGCACUCGGACCGCAACCCUUUCGAAGACACUGGGCCGCCGACCGCGUCCAACGACAUUCUCGUCAAGGCGCAGGGCUUCGGCAUGAAGAUCUGGCCGUGUGAAAGUGAGCGGGCCGUGCCGCGCUGUCGGUGGCCCCUACUCACCACCAUCCCGCAGAGUUCAACACCAUGAUGGCCAGCCUGCUGGGCGACGGCUACGUCGGCACGGUGGCGGCCGAGCCGAGCCGGCAGAACCUGUCGCAGAUGCUCAAGCAGGAGCGUCUGCACGGCACGGCCGAGGCGGCGACGCGCGGCGACUACCACUACUUUGCGAAGCAGAACUGCUACAUCCUCGUCGAGGAUGCCACGGGCGAGCACCGCGCCAUCAUUGCGCAGGAGUACAAGCGCCCGAAAGACCCCAACUCAGACCCGCCGUGGCCCAAGCUGCACGGCGAGAUCGAGGGCCGCUGCCCCUUCACCCGGCAGAAGCUCGAGGUCGACGAGUCCGCGGGCACCUACAAGGACCACGCCAAGGGCAAUCGCCUGCAGACGAUGCGCCGCUCGGUGUCGAUGGGCCAGGUGGGCCGCCACCCGAGUGCGAGCUCGCGCGGCAGCGCCUCGCCGCAGCCUGGUCCAUCGACGCACGCAGCGCAGGUGCGCGGCGCAUCGCCGUAUCCCAUGGCCUCGGGCAACAGCAUGGCCAUCACGUCCAACAUCAACUCAAUGUCGACGGCCAUCGGCAGCCAGGGCUUCGGCGGCGGCGCCAUGGCGUCGUUUGACAAGCGUGUGGCGCAGCUCGGCCGUCGUGUGUUGGUUCCCGGCUCGAUGCUUGGCGCCAGUCCGCUCGGCACAUCUGCCAGCGGCGGCCCGGCCGGAUCGAGCACGCUGCCGUCGCCCACCAUGGCCCAAGAUCCUGCAGGCGCUACCGAGCACGGCGCCACAGUGCGCCGCAUGCUUGGUCUGACGGACCAGCGCGGGCCCAUGCGCCGCUCCGUCAGCACCGUGUCGGCGGGCAAGGAGAUGCGCCGCAGCAAGCCCGAGGAGAAGAUCGAGAAGCCGGGCUACUGCGAGAACUGCCGCGUGAAGUACGAAGACUUCGAGCUCGUGAGUGGCUCGAGACCAGAUCGUGCGGCCCAGGCUGACCAUGCUCCCACAGCACAUCAUGCAGCGCCGUCACCGCAAGUUUGCUGCGGACCCCGGCAACUUCGUCGACCUCGACGAGCUGCUGGCGCGCGUGCAGCGCGUGCGCUGGUCGACGUCCGACUACGACGACGAGGGCGACGAGCAGCAGCUCUCGCCCAUGCACGACUUGCCCAAUGCGCCCGGCAGCUGGCAGCAGUAUGGCGAGGAGGACUACGCGUUCGGCUUCGAGGCCGGCCAGCUGCCCGAAGGCGCCGAGUACACCGAUGAGCAGUUCUACGCCGAGUACCUCGAUGCCUCGGCCGGCACCACCGACGAGGGCCACACGAGCCCGCAGACCAGCCCGGACGCCGAGCGCACGCACUUCGACGCCAAGGCUCGGCGUGCGGGCCACGAGCGCGGCCAUGCGCACGCACAGGCCUACGGCAACGCUGCCGGCGGCUGGACGGGCAAUGCCUACUGAGCCGUCUGCUCUGCACCAGCAUCCGGCCGAGGGCGACGUCGGCGUUCCACCCGCACGGAGCGUCGAGUACCCGUCGUCCGUUCGAGCGCUACCGCAUCGGACGU